GCCUUUUUCCCCCCAAAUGUUCAAUUGGUGGGGACUGGGAGAAUAGUCAAGCAGCUGCAGUAUUAUUCAAGCUUAGGAAAACCCGAUGCAAUGGUUUGAGCUGCAGUUCUUAGAGUGAGGUGUCCACUCAAGGCUCCUUCAGAAGUGUGGUGUGAUAGGACAGCAGCCAUGCCACCCCCAUCUGACAUUGUGAAGGUGGCCAUCGAGUGGCCUGGUGCCAAUGCCCAACUCAUUGAGAUUGACCAGAAAAAGCCCCUGUCCUCCAUCGUACGAGAAGUGUGUGAUGGCUGGUCUCUGUCUGGCUCUGAGCAGUUUGCUUUGCGCUAUGCUGAUGGUCCUCAGCUCUACAUCACUGAGCAGAGUCGUGGUGAAAUGAAGAAUGGAACCAUUCUUCGACUAGCCAUAUCUCCGGCGCGUGCUGCCCGCCAGCUCCUGGAGAGGAUCCAGUCCCACAGCAUCGAUGCUCGCUUGGAAGCCCUAAAGGAGCUGGCCAAGCUGUCUGCUGACCCCACCUUCGCCACAGAGUAUAUUAACAUGGAGGGCAUCGGGACCUUGGCACGCCUGGUGGAGAGUGGCAACCACUUUGGCGAGAUGCUUGCCUUCACUCUCACAGCCUUCUUGGAGCUGAUGGACAAUGGCAUAGUAUCAUGGGACCUAAUCUCACUCUCCUUCAUCAAACAGAUUGCGGGCUAUGUGAACCAGCCCAUGGUGGACGUGUCCAUCCUGCAGCGCUCCCUGGCCAUCCUGGAGAGCAUGGUCCUCAACAGCCACAGCCUCUACCACCGGGUGGCGCAGGAGAUCACCGUGGGACAGCUCAUCGGACACCUGCAAGUAUCCAACCAAGAGAUCCAGACCUAUGCCAUUGCUCUCAUCAAUGCACUCUUCCUCAAGGCACCAGAGGACAGAAGACAGGAGGAGUACUCAAAUCCCCUGGACCAACAGCUCACUGAGAUGGCGAGUACAUUGGCUCAGAAACACCUGCGCUCCAUCAUCCUUAAUCAUGUCAUCAGAGGAAACCGACCAAUCAAAACAGAGAUGGCUCACCAGCUCUACGUGCUGCAGGUGCUGACCUUUAACCUCCUUGAGGAACGCAUGAUGACUAAAAUGGACCCCAAUGAUCAGGCUCAGAGGGACAUCAUCUUUGAGCUGCGCAGGAUUGCCUUUGACGGAGAGAACGACCCUGGUGCCACGGAGAAGAGGAAGGCCAUGUACACGAAGGACUACAAGAUGCUGGGCUUCACCAACCACGUGAACCCUGCCAUGGACUUUACCCAGACCCCUCCUGGCAUGCUGGCACUGGACAACAUGCUCUACCUGGCCAAGCUGCACCAGGACACCUACAUCAGGAUUGUCUUGGAGAACAGCAGCCGUGAGGACAAACACGAGUGUCCUUUUGGCCGCUGUGCCAUCGAGCUUACCCGCAUGCUGUGUGAGAUCCUGCAAGUGGGAGAGCUGCCCAGCGAGGGCUGUAAUGACUACCACCCCAUGUUCUUCACUCAUGACCGAGCCUGGGAGGAGUUCUUCUGUGUCUGCAUCCAGCUGCUAAACAAGACCUGGAAGGAGAUGAGGGCCACGGCAGAGGACUUCAACAAGGUGAUGCAGGUGGUCCGUGAGCAGAUCACGCGGGCCCUGGCCAUGAAGCCGUCGUCUCUGGACCAGCUGAAGAGUAAGCUGCGAGGCCUGAGCUACUCAGAGAUCCUGCGUCUGCGCCAGUCUGAGCGGAUGAGCCAGGACGACUUCCAGUCUCCUCCCAUCAUUGAACUGCGUGAGAGGAUCCAGCCUGAGAUCCUGGAGUUGAUCAAGCAGCAGAGGCUAAACCGCCUGUGUGAGGGGAGCUGCUUCCGCAAGCUGGGCAACCGCCGGAGGCAAGAAAAGUUCUGGUUCUGCCGUCUGUCCCUGAACCACAAGGUGCUGCACUACGGAGACCUGGAUGAGUCUCCCCAGGGGGAAGUGCCUUUUGAACUGCUAACUGACAAGAUCCCUGUGUCUGACAUCAAGUCUGUGGUGACUGGAAAGGAUUGUCCUCACAUGAAGGAGAAGAGUGCACUAAAACAAAACAAGCAGGAGGUGUUGGACCUGGCCUUCUCAAUCCUGUAUGAUCCUGAUGAGGCCCUCAACUUUGUAGCCCCAAACAAAUAUGAGUACUGUAUCUGGACUGAUGGGCUGUGUGCCCUGCUGGGCAGAGAGAUGGGCAGUGACCUCACCCGGAGUGACCUGGAUACACUGAUCAGUAUGGAGAUGAAGCUCCGUCUCCUCGACCUGGAGAACAUUACCAUUCCAGAGGCUCCUCCCCCUGUGCCAAAGGAGCCAAGCUCUUACAACUUCACCUAUAACUAUGGCUGAAGUGUUUGAAUGUGUCUGGUCUGCUUCUGUGGGUUUGUGAGUUUGCAAAGAAUUAUGUGAGUAUGUAAGCUUGUGUGCUUGCGUGUCUAAAUGUUUGUGUGUGUGUGUGUGUGUGUGUGUGUCAAGGAAAAGGAAAGGGCAUGCUUCUCCCCUAGAUGUCCUAAUCCUUAAAUCUCAACAACACUAGACUAAUGUUCUGAAAUCAAACUGCCCUUUACUGUUAAAGGCUGGGUACAUAUGACUUAUUGUAAAUGUGUAUUACAUUUACCAAUACUAUGCCAACUCAGUAUGAAUCACAAGGUUUAUAUUGUGUUGCCUCUUAUUCAUCACUCCAUGGCCUUAUCAACAGGAAAUGUGAAAAGAUGCUCUAUGUAUUUGGAAAGAAUACAGUUGAGUCUUAUUAUUGCUUAAUACCAUCAAGUUUCUCCCAACAACAAAGUUUGUUCUGUUACUAAUUAUUCUUUGAGUUAGUGUAUAUACAAGUCAGUUAAUUUUUCCGCUCAUCUCCUAAUUCAUUACUAAUCUAUAUUGCUGUUUGUUAUGCAGAAUAGAAAUUAUAUUUUUGUAAAUUAUGUGAGAUCUGUUUUAGCUGGAAAGAUGACAAGGUACCACUGGCCCAUUUUUAAAGAAAAACAAAAUAGAAGCAGAAAGUUAAGCAUCACAGAUUCUUUUUCUUUCUAUAUUACUUAUAACACUAUUCUUUACGGUCAAUCAUAAUGGAUAUAUGCUGUGAAAGCACAGUCAGCAGUACAGACAUGGCGCUUUUUAGCUGCAACCAGCAGCUGUAUAGCUCUCUCAGUUGGUAAGUCGGUCCACAAACAUGUGGAUGCAUGUGUGUACACGAUCACAGCUAUUGCGAAUUUGCGCUUGUUUUAUUUAAGCACUGUGCGUUGGCUUCGGUGACACAUUUUUGGGUCUGAAAGAAAUGUCAAAUAAAAUGUUUUUGCUGUGCUGUAACGUACACUGCUAAUGAAAGUAACAAGGAAUACGCUCUAUAUGCUGUUGGAGUUAGUCAGUCAUGCUGUGUGCAUAAGCACAUUCAUUACAGUAUCAUUCCAUUCAGUUGUAACUUAUUUUCCUCGUGAAAGGGAGAUCAUGGUUUACUGGAUUUUUGAUUGUUUAUAAAACUCCAUCUAAAAGGGAUUUCAUGUUGUGUCGCAGUCCAAAGCUUGUAGCCGCUUUUAGAAUACUUCAACAGGCCACACUGAACAAAAGAGAAUUGCUAUGGACACAAUCUGUCUGGAUACCUUUGAGGUAGCUUUAUCACUUGGUAUACUUUUACAUGACCUUGCUCAAUGAUUUUUGUGUUCAGGCUAGUGCUGGUAGUGUUGUUAGAAAAACAAAAAAUAUAUAUGACAACAUGCAAUUUAAGUAUGGUAUUCAUAUAUAAACCACUGUAUGUAUAUAUUGUGUUGCCUUCUAAAAAAUGUAUUUUGUUUUGUGUGAAUAAAUAUAAGUUCAACUGG